UUAUAACCUGUUAACGCAUGGAGAGGUUAUCUGAUAUAUCCUUUUAUAUUUCUUUUAUCAGUUAACUUCAGUUUAAAGUUUUGUAUAAAUGUUCCUAAUUAAGAAAUAUUAUGUGCUCUACAAUGAAAACUAUUUUGAAAGCUACUUUAUUUGAAAAAACGACCAAGUUUUUAUUUUUUCAGAGAUUUCCAUUUGCUACUCAGACAGAUUUGCUGGAUUUAUUUCAUCCUAAAGAACCUGUAUAUGAUAGGGAAUUAGUCAUAAACAAGAAGAAUAGUUUCAAAGAAAGAGAGCUACAAAAAAAAGAAAAGAAGAAGGAUGUCAUUAUAAAAUGUAAUAGGCCUGAGUUUAAUCACUACAAAAAUCAGAAAUAUGAAAAAUUGAAAGCUAUUCCUCUGGCAUCCAAAGGAUGGCACCACUCCAAGUCUAAUGGUGAUCACUUUUCAAUUCGUAUAUUUAAUGAGGACUAUAAUAUAAAUGAUCAUUUUUGGGAAGAAAGUGUUGAUAACUUCAAUGCAUUAAAAUUAGAUGAUCUCUUAAUCGAUGCUCUAGAAAGACUUGGUUUCAGCCGCCCAACAAAAAUUCAGGCGGACAGUAUUCCGGUGAUAUUAUCUGGAAAAAACACUUUAAUUGCUGCUGAAACUGGAUGUGGAAAGACUCUUGCCUAUCUGAUCCCUGUUAUACAACAAAUUUUGAAAUGGAAAGAGAAAUCACCAUCUGACAGAAGUCCAAAUACCCCUCUUGCUGUUGUUAUUUCUCCAAGCAGAGAGUUAGCUGGACAGAUAGGAUAUGCUGCAAAGGAGCUUUCCCACCAUUUGCCUUUCAGUAGUCAUGUACUGAUAGGGGGCAGAACAAAACAGAAAAUGUUGUCUCCAGAAUUUAAAAAUGUGGACUUGCUUGUUGCUACAUUAGGAGCUUUAAGUAAAUUAACAACAACAGGAAUAUAUAACAUGGCCGAAGUGAGACAUUUAAUUUUAGAUGAAUCUGAUACCUUGCUUGAUGACAGCUUCAAUGAGCUACUCUUAAGAUAUCUUAAGAGAUUUAAGAUUAGAUACACAGCUGACCAUAAAAAUAAUAAAUUUGGAUGUCAGUUAAUUCUCGCUAGUGCUACUUUUCCAAAUAAACUUGAUGAUCUGUUGAGUGAAUUUGUUGAGCCUGGUUCGUUGAAAAAAGUAACUUCAAAAUAUUUACACAGGUUUCUUCCUCAUGUUCCACAAUCAUUUUACAGACUGGGGCCUACUGAAAAAGCAACUAAGAUUCUUCAACUUGGUAAACAAGCUCUGAAGAAUGAAGAACCUACCAUGAUAUUUAGUAAUAAAAGUUCAACAUCAGAUUGGAUUUCACUUAUGCUAAAUGAAAAUGAUGUUCCAACUGUACAUUUAAAUGGUGAAAUGCCUAUUUUAUUACGAAAAGGAAGAUUUAAUCAAUUUCGUAAUAAGAAAUUUUUGAUUCUAUCCUGUACUGAUAUUGCAUCAAGGGGAAUGGAUACGAAGCAUGUUAAACAUGUUAUUAACUAUGAUUUCCCUAUGUAUAUGGCUGAUUAUAUACAUCGUUGUGGAAGAACUGGAAGAUGUGGAAGUUCACAUGAUUGCCAUGUUACAAAUUUUAUUUCAGGAAAACGUGAAGUUGAACUUGUAAACAAAAUUGAGUUGGCUGUAAGAACAAUGGAUGUCUUGCCUGAUGUCAACGGGAAUAUUACAAAAAUUAUUGAAAAUAGGAUAAUUAAAAACAGUAGUAGUAAAUGAAAAAAAAAACUGUUAAGAAUAAUCUAUUAAAUAUAAAGCAGACUUUUUAAUUUAUUGCAUUUCUCUUUCACUGUAUUUACUAUGUUUCUUAGCAAUCAUACAUACCUAUAGAAUUUCUUAUUAAUUUCCUGAAAAGUAUUUUCUAUCUAAAAUUCCUUAAUAAUUUUAUUUUAUUAGUCAACAUACCAAAAUAUAUAAUUUUUAGUGCAGUAAAAGAAGGGAAAAAAAUAGUCAAAACCCGAACAUCCAAAAACAAAAUCUGAAAAUUGUCAUAAAUUAUCUGUUACUCUCUCCAUAAUUAGUAAUAAAAAUCCUGAACAUUUCUUCAUCAGAUUUGAUGAGGAUGGAGGACAUAAACAUGAUUUUUUUUAGGGAAGUGAGUAUAUCACAAAACUAUUAGGUUUAUCAAUACAAUUAUUUUUUUACCAAACUCCCAUUUUUAGAAUAUUUUAUUUGCUGCUGAUUUAGCCCGAGCCAGAUACCUAUCCUUUCAUGAUAAACUCCAUUCCCAUCUGAAUCCACUAGUUUUCAGCCUUGGUUCUUCCUUGAUUCCUGAUAAUCCUCCUAGGCGUCUGAAAAGGAUAUGGCCUCGUGAUCUUCUUAUGUAGAAUUAUUUAGUGAGUGAUACACUGGGUAGUAUCUUAUCAAGCCUGUUCAUGUCAUUAUUUCUAAUUUGUGCAUAUUUACUAGUUGGAUUUGUAUACAGUUGUAAAUUUCAUUAAAUGAACCAAAAAAAAAAAAGUCCUGUUAGAGAACAUCAAUAAAAAAAAAAAAAAAAGCUUAAUUUUACACUGUUAUAAUGAAUGUAAUCAAAAUCGUUGAAGCCGUUUUCGAGAUAAUAGUAAAAAUAUGUUUCAUCAAUGAUAUAACUAAGAUUUGAAAAUUGUCUCUGCAAUAUUGUUCCUUACUAUAUACUUUAUAUAUAUUGUAAUGUAAAUAUUGCAUAGCGAUUUUGAAUAGUGGCUCGAAAGUGGUGACGUCACGAACUACUGACAGGAAUGACAGAUGGUGGGGGAAGCAAGUUCCAUAUGUUAGGUCAGAAGAUAGCCAGUCGGCUAGUAUAGAGAAGAAAAUGUUAUUUAACAAAGAGUGAGUGUCUACAAAUAGACGAAGACAAGAAAAUAAUAGAACAAGAGAAAGUUGUAGAAGUUGGAUACAAUACCGAGGAAGACUCACUGCAGAACAGAGUGAGUGAAAUAUAAAGAGACAGUUCAAAAGCGAGCCAGGAAUAGACCCCGACAAAUUUAAUGGAAAUUCAAUAAAAGUGCUGUAUAAUUAAUGUAUGCUUCUAUAUUGUAUAAUUGAGGGUGUGUGUAAGUUGUCUCAACCCAACCUGGAAUUUAAUUAUUGUGUGAAAUAAAUAUUAUUUGAUUAAGAAACACUGUUUUAUUUACUUUUCGAAGGGAACGUAACCUUACAACAUAUAUUGUAAUAUGCACCUUUAUUGGAAGUGGGUAAAAAUGAUUUAAUAAAUUAAUGUUGAACAAUUAAAAGCUAGCUAAUCUAGUUCUACUGGUAAAGGAAAAAAAAAAAAAAAAAAUGGCUGCUCUGUAGUUUCCCAAGAAGGAAAAUCCCCAAGAGGGGAGGGACAAAGGUUUUUGUUUUGGCAAGAGUAGUUGAUGUUUGGCUGGAGUGUAGAGAAGAUAGAAGAAGGAAUCCUGGCUCCAGUGGGUAAAAUCCAGUAAUAGUAUUACCACCUUGGAAGUUGUUAUUUGGCAGGGAGAACAGUUGUUUGGAAUUGCUUGGGAGAUGAUUUCCCAGAGAGCUUGAAUUGAGUGGAAGAAUAGUGUUACCAUUUUGGGAUAUGUGUUUGACAGAACAUAAGAAAAUGUGUGAAGACAAAUGAGUUCAGUGUCACAAAGGAAAAAACAUUUUAUGUAGAAAAAAGAUUAGCUUGUCAAUUCAUACGUGACUUUAUUUUUAAACCAG